AUGCCUGACGACACAUCCAAAUCAGCAUCUAUUCCCUCCUGGCAGAGGCCCAAUAAGACGGCCGAGGAGCCGCCAUCGCCGACCUCCGACGACGCGCCCGCAACUACAGCCUCCACAUCCCGACAAGCUCUCCUAGACCAAGCAUCCAAAUUCCUAGAAGACGAGUCAAUCCGUGAUGCACCAACAGAGCGCAAAGUCUCAUUCCUCGAAUCUAAAGGCCUGAGCUCGGACGAUAUCCAGCAAGUCCUCGGCAUCUCCCGCAAUGUUGAGGCAAGCUCCUCAACCCCAACCGAGGACAAGACACAGGAGGAGACACCAUCUACCUCACCCACUCAAUCCCAAGCCACUCCUUCUCCUCCUGCCACCUCCUCAUCACCCUCCAACACUAUGCCUCAAUCACGCCCAGCACCAGUGCCAACCCCCGCCUCCCGCGACGUCCCCCCAAUAAUCACAUACCCUGAAUUCCUGUUCGAAUCAUCCAAGCCGCCUCCCCUCGUAACAAUGCGCAGCCUCUUGUACACACUAUACGGCGCCGCAGGCCUAGGAGCAAGUCUCUACGGCGCAAGCGAGUACCUCGUGAAACCAAUGAUAGCGAGCCUAACGAGCGCACGACACGAGCUCGCCAGCACAGCAGACGCGAACCUGCAAAAGCUAAACGAGAAGCUGGAGAAGACCGUAUCCGUGAUCCCGGCGGAGUUAACUGCACGCAAGAGCAAGCCCUACAGCGAUGAAGAAGAAGACGACGCCUCGUCGAUCACCUCGGACCCGACUGAGCUGUUCCACCGGGACGUCGCAACGCAGACGAUUUCAGAGCCGACGCCACUUCCCAGCGCCACCGGCCCGGUCAACUCGGCGGACUCGGCGGCCUUCUCUCCAUCGACGGCGGUUAACAACCACGUCAGCCGUGUUGAGUCUAUUACCUCGAAGCUGCGUGAGAUCGUCGACUCGGAGAAGGAUGCGAGCACACUGGAUGACGCGAUGCGUACCCGGCUCACCGAACUGCAUCAUUAUUGUGAUGGGUUGAUCUAUAGCGGUCCGACGUACUCUUCUGGGUCGACGUACGGGGUCUGGAAUUCCAAUACCUCGGGCUCGAGUGAUAGCUCUGGUCUGCGGAAGGCGGAGGAUGAGGCUAUUGCUGGGUUUAGGGCUGAUAUUCGCGGUGUGAAAGGUGCGCUGUUGAGUGCGCGUAACUUCCCUGCUAGUCGCGGAGGACGGCUUGGUGGCCUUCCAGUCGGUGGACGGUGA